AUGAAGCGCCCCAGUGAGGCUGCCCAAGAGCCCGUCUUCGUCAUCGUCGAAGUAGGCGACGCCAAAACCAGGUAUCACGUCCAUCGCUCCCUGCUCGUUGAGCACUCCGGGUACUUCAAGAAGGCCCUGAAUGGUCCCUGGAAAGAGGCACAAGACGGUGUCGUUAUACUGGAAGACGUUGAGUGCAGCACUUGUGAGGGGAAAACAUUUCGAAGUAUGCAUCACUCAACUAACGAGGCGAUAGUCAGCAUCUUUGUCGACUGGGUGUACUCGCAGAGGCUUCCAAAGAAUGAUGCUGCGUGGUGCGAUGAGGCGGACGAAGACAUAGGCAAGUCACAACUUGCACGUACCAAAGCUCUUGUUUUUGGAGACCGAAUGCUGUCUCCGGUGUUCCACAAGACGGUUCGCGACAGCUUGGUCGAACACAUUAUCGAAUGGGCUGUGUACUACAGGGCUGUCAUCUAUGCCUUUCUUAAUCUCCCCAAAGAUCACGCGAUCCUCGAUCUCUUUGUGGAGGUGCAUUGCCGGGAAUUUCAAGAUUCACUUGACACGGUUGGAAACGGUGAACUCGAGCUUCGAGCCAGUCUGCCACACGAUUUCCUCAUGCGCGUCAUCGUUCGUUACAGUCAGAUCGCCAAGUCAGUGCUACCGGAGGGCGAACUUAAGCCGUGCGAUUAUCACGGUCACGCGGAUGAAGAGGAGAAGAAGCAGUGCCAGGCGGAGGUGGAUAAGGACUGA